AUGAUGAGGUCGGGUUAUUUGAGGAAUGUCGAGAGGCUCGCGGAGGAGGAAGACGAGUUGGACGCGAAGAAGAUUAUGAGGAGGGUUUCGACUAAUCGAUUGACAGCGUCCGGCAUAACGAAAAGGCAUCAACACGGUCGUGCUCCUCUCACCCAAGUCGUAGAUUUUCACCGCCCUCCCUAUCUUGUCCGUGUAAUAUAUGGAAUUGGGUCGGGUUACUCGUCUCUCGGAGGAGGAGACGCGGCAAAACCCUCUCCAAAAAUAGUUGAUGAAUAUGGUCCACUCAUCCACACUGUCAAGCUCCACACACUCCACCCGACCAUCGCCAACCUCCAACCGGAAGACCUUAAACUCCACACUGUCCACGAGAAUAUAGCCUUUGAACAAUUUCAUGACCAACAGUAG